AUGGCAGGGAAGACAGAACGCUCCCCGGUCAUGGAGAAACAGUUAAACAGCCGGCAGCACGCGCCCGGACGCCACUGCACAGCCCAGUCGUUUUCCCACUGCUUCGCCGUCUGCAUGGCUGUACUCUGCUUUCCUGCGGAAGCAAAAAACAGCUCGGUGGAGGACCUGAAGAACAAGUUCUGCUCCACGGUCGCCAACGACAUCAUGCUGACCUCCACGCUGGGAGUCAUCCGCAUGUGGGCCGACGAGGCCAGCCGCAAGAGCCGCUUCCGCAUCCUGUUCACCACCUACCAGGAGCCCCCGUGUGUAGGAGACGCCUUCUUCUGCCACAGCAACAUGUGCAUCAACAACACCCUGGUGUGCAACGGCAUGCAGAACUGCGUGUACCCCUGGGACGAGAAUCAGUGUAAAGAGAAGAGGAAAGCCAACCUGCUGGACAACCUGAACAACACCAACGGCACCAUCAUCGGGGUGACGUGCUGUGUGGUGCUGCUGCUGCUCGUCGUCUCGGUGGUGGUGCAGGUCAAGCAGCCGCGCAAGAAGUACGUGCUGCGGCGCGAGGACCUGGACCCCACCGUGUUCCAGGAGGUGUUCGAGCCGCCGCACUACGAGCUGUGCACGCUGCGCAGCGCGCACGCCGCCGCCUCCGCCGACCUGGUGGACCUGGCCGAGGACUUCGAGAACCACUACCACGCCAUGCGCCGCGCGUCCUCGCGCUGCGUCCACGACCACCACUGCGGCUCCUCGCCCAACCCCGGCGGGGGGGGGUUCGGGGCGGCCGCCCACCACCACCUGUCGCAGCUGUCGCUGAGCGGGCGCGGCAGCCGCGGGAACUUGAACGCGCGGGACGCGGCCGCGGCCGCCGCCCUGCUGUCGGACCUGGGGCCCCCCCACCCCCAGCAGCAGCACCACCAGCACCUCCACCAGCAGCAGCAGCAGCAGCACCCCCAGCACCUGGGGCCCCUGGCAGUGAGGCCCCUGCUGCCGGCCCCCGGGAACCGGCGCAGCAUCCUGGUGAUGAAGCACAGCUACUCCCAGGAGGCGGCCGAGCACGGCGGCGGCGGCGGCGGCGACGAGGACGACCUGGACGAGGUGCCCACCACCAGCCACCGCCUGGCGCGCCACGAGAAGGCAGUGCAGCGGUUCUGCCUCAUUGGCUCACUGAGCAAACAUGAGUCAGAGUACAACACAACUAGGGUCUAACAGACAAUCUCAAGAUGCCUCAGACAGAUGAAUCAUUCCUCUGCAUCUUACCAAGUCUGACACCUUGCGGGACUAACGUUUGACUCCGCUUGUCCAUCUUGAACUGUUGACCUGAGCAAGUUUAAUGUAGAGUGUUGUGAUGAGGAAAAACGUUUUUUGUUUUUUUUUCUGUUUAUGACAUUUCUAGUGUAUGAUUCUAUAAUUUAUUUUGUAUUAUUACAAAGGUGCAAUUCCUCCAACUGUGCUUGAAAAGUGGCAAGGGGAAGCAAGCCAUGGAACACUAACAUAAUUUCAGACACUGGACUGAAACUCUCUUGUGGGAAAAAAAAAGAAACCUUUAAUGUGCAUUUGUUAAAUGAAUAAAAAACAUUCAGUUCUUUACUGUAUUUUUUUUCAUGA